AUGAACACACCAACAAAGGAGGAUGUGACCAUUGCUUCUUUUAAGUAUACGACGAUAGUUGGUGUUAUAUUAUUUGUGUUUGGGAUUUUGUAUUGUGACUAUCUUAUGAUCUCGUUAUAUUUCCAAGCGUUUUUCUGGUCCAUUUUUUUCUGUAUGGUUCUAAGUUACCCAUUUGAUUUUGUGCUUGCAGUAAUCACCAAAAUAGACUCUAUAGUGUAUCCACGACGAUGGUAUACCUUUGCUAUAUUUAUCAUUCUUGGAAUUAUCCCAUUAAUUCAGUUGGUCGUUUCCUCCACCCCGAGUCUAUUCACACUCAUUCCUAUGGUGUUAAUUGUCGUGUUUCUUUGUAUCAACCGCCGCACGUUGACUUCCCUAUUAAUCAUCAUUUUAUUAAUUGCGUUGUCCUCUGUGUUAUCGACAGUGGUGAUCAAACAAAGUGUUUAUGAAGUCCAAGACUUAAUAACAAUUCUUUCCAAAAACAUCAAACAACUUGAUGACAACACUUUUAAUAUGUAUUUAACUAAUUUCGAACAUACCUACUUUGGCAAAUUAAUACUGAAUACAUUAGACUCUUUCAACCUCACAAAGUAUCUUCAAUUGGAGGUAUUAAAAACCACUUUAUUAAAUGUGUUAAAACAAGUAAGUAGCAAUUUCCAGCCAACUUUAAUCUUUAACUUAGCGUCGUCAGUGUCCGAUAACAUCUUUGCUUUAUUCAUUUUCAUAUACAGUCUCAUGUACUUCUUGAUAUACAAAGAGGCAUUUCUACCAAUGUUCUCGUCGUUCCUUCCUUUGGAUAAGAAAGUGCUCUCAAUCCUCCGGGAACGUGUGAUGAACACAUCGAUUCAGUUGAUCACUAUGAAUUUACUCCUCUUCCUCUUAAAUUUCUUUCUCACGUUUUUCACAUUCAAAUUCGCACUUCUUCCAUUUUCAAUGAUCGCUUCAAUUGUAUGUGGUUUACUCUCAAUAAUCCCCGCCGUCUCAAAUAUGGUCGUCUGGCUUCCAGCUGGAGUGUAUUUGUUUUUCCAAGGAAACACAACUGGGAUGAUAUGGUUCAUUACAGUGCACGCAGUGACGUAUUUCGUGAUCGAUGGGUUCUUUUACUCGUUCAUUCCAGAUAUUGUGCCAUACUUCGUUGGUCUUAGUGUCGUGUUUGGGAUUUAUGUCUUUGGGACUUUCGGGUGUAUCAUCGGUCCAAUACUCCUUGUAAUGACUCUUGCGGUCAAAGACAUUUUUGCAUUGUACUCCGCAAAAUUUAAAACGGAGAAAAAACAGGAAGAGAUGGAGAAAGACGCUGUAGCUUCUGCGGAACUAUGUGAAAGUAAGGAUGAAACAUGCGAAUGGAGCCACACUAAACAAGACUAA